UUUCGUCAAACCAACCGCCAUCUUAAUAUUUUGCCUUUGUCUUUCUGUUUCUGUACAUCUAUAGUACUAUAUAGGUCCUAAAAUAAUUUCUUUUUCGGUUUUUGGUAUGUAGGUAUUAGGUUUUAAGUGCGUUUCAACUUGGUGCUUACAACUCGUCACUUUCGUAGUGUCACGUCAUGUCGUAGGGGCGACACGUCAGUCAUUGUCCGUUGAGUCGUCGUCGUCGAGUAUUAAGGUAUUAUUUUCCUACUUUAAACACUUGAAAAAGAAAACUUAUAUUUUGUAUUUGAGCCUAUAUAUAAACUAUUGUGUUUUAAUCCUUAACUGAUUGACCAAUACCCACUGUACUAUAACUGAAGUAGUCUUAAAAUGAAUGAACCAGAGCGAAAUGCUAGAUUACUGGAUGUUUGUGAUGAAAUUGAUAAAACUACUAGUUCGCCAAAUAAUACAACUUUUCAUAGUUUUAAUAACACAGGCAUUACUGAAUCAGUCUUGGAAAACAAUGGACUUUGUGAUUCUGUAAAAUACUUAGAUUUUCAACGCAUGAUGAUUGAUCAAAAUAAUGUAACAAUGGCUUUGAAAAUCUCCGAAUAUGAAAAAGUAUUAUCUGAAAGGGAUUACACCAUUAAAUCAUUGCAUACAACUAUGAUGAAUUCUCAAAAUAACAACUAUAUUCUAAACAACCAGUGCAAGAAUAUAAUGGAAAAGACAAAGUCAGUUAAUGAUACCUGUAUUCGCCUUAAUACCAGUUUCACAAAUAUUUGUGAACGUUUAAACAGACUUGGUGACACAGUAGAUAAUGCAAAAACCAGACAAAAAGAUGUUAUGACUUUAGUAGAUCAAACUACUAACACAUUUCAAGAAAAAAUGUUGACUAUUUCAGAUGCUCUUGAUGAGUCAUUAAAGCAAGUGACUAUGGAAAAGAUAAGAACAAAACAAGAUUUAGAAAUGUUGCAAGAUAAGUAUUCUCUUGAUGUAGCUGCUUAUAAAACAAAUCUACAAGAAUGUACUACUGAAAUAGAAUACUUAAAAAAUGAAAAUAAUAUUUUGUUGGAAAAAUUGAAUGAUUCAUAUAUACAAUUAAAUGAAGAAAAAGAAACUUUAUUGAAGCUUAAUCAAUGUUUUGAAACAGAACGAAGAGAGAUGGAAAAUCAAAAUCUACUACUUAUUAAUCAAAAUAAAUCCAUGAAUGAAAAGUAUGAUGAAUUAAGAACUAAAAAUCAAACUUUGGAAGAUGAGCUUAAUGUACUGAAGACUUCUCUAAAUGAAAACCAAAAACAGCUACAUAUACAAUCAAAUAUAAUAAAAGAGCAAUCAGAAUUGUGUGAUAAUUUAAAAAUAUUUGAGGAAUUAAAUGAAAAAUUAAAAAAAGAUAAUUUUACAUUAAAAGAACAGAAUGAAUACCUUGAACAAAUUAAUACAAAUUUGGUAGAGGAUAUAAGUAGUAUAAAAUUAUCUCAACAAGGAAUUCAAGAAGAGACAGAAAACAAAUUUAAAGAUAUGUGUGAAAAUUAUGACAAUUUAUUGAAAAUGCAAGAUGAAAGAUUAAAAGAUAGAAAUGAAAAGUUAGCAUUACAAAAAGAAAUGGAGAUUAAAAAUCAAACUGAAGUAAUUGAAUUAAAGGAAGAAAUUGAAACAUCGAAUAAAACAAUUACUGUCUUACGAGAGGAAUUACAAGCUAAUUUAGUGUUGAUACCUGAAUUGCAAAAUAAAAUUGAUGGUUUAAAUAAAAAUUUAGUUAAUGCUUAUCAAACACUUAGAGACUCUACUAAAGAACUAGUUACAGAAAAAAAUGAACUGGAAAAAGAAAAAACUGACCUAGAAAAUCAAAGCAAAGAACAUUUUAGUCAAAUUGAAAAACUAACUGCUAAUUAUAUGAAAUAUAAGUCAAAAGCCAAACAGUUAUAUGUAGAAGUUAUGCGACUUAGAUAUCAAUGUUCUCGAUCAGAACCAAAAAACAAAACUCAACAACUUCGACCUGUAGAUACUAUUGAGAUAUUAAGUGAUGAAGAUAAUAAUAUUGAUGAUGAUGUGAGUAUAAUUGAAUUUAAUGACAGAAAUGUAUCAAACAUGAAUGUUAGUAUACAUUCUACUUCAAAUAAACCUUUUCAAAAAUCUAACAUUUCAAGCUUAAAAAGAAAUGGUUCACCUUUAAUACAUAUUGGUAGUUCUAAAGUGAAGAAACGUAUAACAUCUGUUGAUGUUGCUGCCUCACAUAUCACAGAAAUGUCAUCAAAUGUUUUAAAACAUAAAAAUGAUGUAAGUCAAAUUGAGAAUUCAUUAAACUCAUCAUUUAAAAGUAUUAAUUUAAAACACGAAGACAAAAAUGCCAAUACAAUAGAGAAAAAAAAUGAGUACAACGUAAAUAUAAAUGAAGAUGUUGAUUAUAAUUCUGCUGCAAGUCCUCAUCAAAUAAAAAGUAACGUGAGCAUUGGGAGUAAUACAAGUCAAGUCAAAUCAACCUUAAAUGCUGGUUUGACAUCUGCUGCAAAGAAAAAAUUUAAAAUACCCGCUGAUAUUAAGUUAUCUCAAAAAAAAAUUAAACCGACAAAUAUCAAAAAAACUGACUGGACUAAACCAAAUUCACCUGUUGUUUUUACUGCUCCUUCUCCCAAACUUCAACCUAAAUUUAUUAAAUAAUUUAUAAGCUGUUGUGUAUUGUCUUAUUGGAUAAUGUCAAAAAAAGAAAAACUAGAAGAUUUCAUAUUUUAUUUUGUUUGGAAAUUAAUUAAUUAAUUAAUUUAUUUAUAUAUUCAAAGAAAGAAAUUAUUUUUGGUUCAAAAAUAUUUAUAAAUAACCUAAUCAAACAUUGUAAUUUGUCAAUGAAAAAAAUAUUGUUAAUUUUUUUAAUAUUAUAUUGUGAAUAAAUGUUAAUAUGUAGAACUAUAAGAAUUAUAAACUUUGUUAUUAAAAACUCAUACCUACUGUUUAUGAAAAAAUAUACUGUUUUGUGUACACUG